ACGGAAGCGGGGGGGGGAGGAGGAGACACCCCUUGACCGAGUUCGGAGGGCAGUAUGGGGGAUGCUGUAUGCCGAUCGAUGAUGCCGGCGUCGUAUCGAGGUCUGCAGAAGAACUGGCGAGAUUGAUGGCCAUCAUCGUUGAGGUGUUCGGGGAGUUCGGGCUCAUGGUGUCGGGGAAGAAGACGGAGACGCUCCUGAUGCGCGCGAAGGACAAGCCGACUACAACAUCACAGCCCCCCCCGCCUCCACCGCUGACCAUCGAAGCCGCGGGACAGAAAUACGCCCAGACGACCGAGUUCCGGUACCCCGGUGGCCUCGUCAACGAACAUACAUGGCGACCUCACCCGGGAGAUAACUACAGGAGCAGAGGAGCGUGGGCGUGCCUCAGGUGAUAUGGCCGGAGCUCUUCGACAGACCGAAAGCGCCAUUCCGACUCAAGAUCUGCCUGCUCCAGGCGGAGGCGAUGGAGGCACUGCUGUACGGCUGCAUGACAUGGUCACCACUC